AGAAUCCAAGCAUUUCUGAUAUAUAAUUAUUUAGAUUUCCCUCCUCGAUCUGUAUAAGGUUCCAAAUUAAGGAAGAGAGGAGAUUUUUAUGUGAAGACUUCACUAUCAAAUAUUAGUCGACCAAAAUCCAUAACGUAGGGACUUCAGACUAGUCUAUAUAUAUACGGGCAGGUAGUGGUACAUGCGUGCGUGCAUGCAUGCGCGCAGCUGCUAGCCUGAUAAACCAAGUGAUGAUUUAGGUUAAUGAUGUUACCAAAUUAGUUAGGUGAUCAUGAAUGUUUUUCUCUAUUUUGUUUUGACCAAUAAAACCUAGCUAGCUUCACCAAACUUCCUAAUUAAAUACACGACACCGCCCACAAAACAUUAUGAAAAGAGAACGUACAAUACCUUCAUGACCACGUCAAUUAAAUAAUAUUAUGAUCUCCUCCAUCUUCAUCUUCAUUUUCUUCUUCUUCACUUCUCCUCCUCAUUAAUUUUUUUCCAUAAAUAUUAUAUUUGGGAAUUAGUUGUAUGUUGAACUCAUACUUGGAUUUUUUUUUUUUAUAAUUAAAAGUUGAUUAUUAUUUCUAAUUAAAUUGUUAGUAGUGGAAGUAGGAGAUUAUUCAUGUAAACAAGCCCACAUAAUGUUACCCAAAUGAACCUUGAGCCCACAAGCGAGACCGAAUAAAGUCUAUGUGAGCAAAAAAGGGAGGAGGGACUAAAAUUGUCUUUGAAUCAUAUUAACUCAAGUACCCACUAAAGAAUAUCAAUACUUUAAGGUAAAUUUAUAUUCAAAUUUGAAGCAGCACAUGCCAAGCUACAUGAAAAUAACUUGAUGACCACUGGACCACCACCCUUGAUGGUCACUCUAAUCAAAAGUUACUUCUCUUUCAUUUCAUAGCUCCCACCCUCUUUAUCUUCUCAACUCGAUAGCACUAUUAAGAGUUAGCAUUUCCAAAUAUCAAUUUUAUCAUCUUAGAAGAUUCCUUAAUCAUCUAUUGUAUUUUAUUAUAUAUUGAAAGGAUACAAAUUUAAAUGAUUUCAUUUUUCUAAAGUUGGAUUUCCAGCCAUGUUGUUUACGUAAAUUAUAAACAUAUACCAAAAGCAGAAAAGCGUAUAGUUUUUCAUUGUAGGUGGGCCGGAAUUGGGAAAGCAGUCUGAUUUUAUCUCCGAAAAUGGCAAUACUCCUGAUAAAAUAGUACCUUUUUUUACCAUAUCAAACUUCUGUUGGUUGGGCAAAGCCGCAAAGGUUCGCUUGUUCAAAGUAUUACACAAGUAGCGCGGUAUAAGAUGCUGUAAAUGUUUUCGGCUAUACAGCCCAUGAGCCUCUCUCUCUCUCUCUCUCUCUCUCUCUCUCGUCUACCUGUCUAUCUAAUGCAAUCCGAGAAAACGCGUGGCCAACAUUUUUGCUCACCUACCUCUUUCUCUCCGUCUUUCUUCCUCUAAAAGUCUCCAUUCUUUUAAUAAGCAGGACUCUCUUUCCUGAGUUGCUCUCUCUCUCAAAUCUAUGCAUCCAGAGUUCCAUUUUCACUACAAACUGAAUCUAACGUUUUUGUGGGGUCCAAACAAGCCCCACUACCAUUCUCGUCCACCUCCUUGACAAUGCCGUACUGGGUUUCACCAAAACUCGCCAACAAACCCCUCCUCACCAACCACAACCUUUUGCAUUUGGCCGAGACUUCGUGUUCUGGGUUCCAACAUUUGCUUCGUUGUGAAUGGCUCUUAAAUGUGCAUCCCUCUGGGUUUGCGCCAGAAAUCCUUGUUCUAAUCUCGGGGCCUCAGAUUGUGGGUCUAGGAAUUCUGGGGCCGCUUUGAUCAGUUUUAAGCUCGAUUUGGAAAAGUUCCGCAAAUGGGAAUGUUGUCGUUUUGGUGCUUUGACUCAGCAAGCUAUCACUCCUGUGGAAGAUGAGAAACCGCAUGUGCCUGGGGUUGAGUCUUCUGGGGCCAUUGAGCGGACUCGUGGUAAUGAGCCCAGGGGUUUUCACAAGGAUUUGAAUCUUCUUCCCAAACCAUUGACUGCAAAUGACCUAUCUUCUUCUCCAAGUGAUGGUUCAAAAGUACGGGUGGCCUAUCAGGGGUUACCAGGAGCAUAUAGUGAGGCUGCAGCCCUAAAAGCAUACCCUAAAUGUGAGACCGUUCCAUGUGAUCAGUUUGAAGAAACAUUCAAGGCUGUUGAACUGUGGUUAGUGGAUAAAGCAGUUCUUCCCAUCGAGAAUUCUGUCGGUGGGAGCAUCCACCGUAAUUAUGACCUGCUGCUUCGACAUAGGCUCCACAUAGUCGGGGAGGUGCAGAUGCAAGUUAACCAUUGCCUUUUAGGAUUGCCUGGCACUAGAAAAGAGGAGAUAAAAAGUGUUUUGAGCCAUCCUAUGGCUCUUGCUCAAUGUGACAUGAUGCUAUGUGAUUUAGGUGUUCUCAGGAUUAGUGCUCAUGAUACUGCUGGAGCUGCUCAGAUGGUGGCGUCAACUGGCCUAAGAGAGACCGGGGCCAUUGCAAGCGCCAAAGCUGCAGAAAUUUAUGGGCUUGACAUUCUUGCUGAAAAUAUUCAGGAUGAUAAGGAUAAUAUCACUCGUUUCCUGAUACUUGCAAGAGAACCUAUAAUUCCUGGAACUGAUAGGCCCUAUAAGACAAGCAUUGUGUUUACUCUAGAAGAAGGCCCUGGUGUACUAUUCAAAGCUUUAUCGGUCUUCGCACUGAGGAGCAUUAAUUUGUCUAAGAUUGAGAGUCGCCCACGGAAACAGCAUCCUUCGAGUGUUGUUGAUAAUUCCAAUGAAGGGAGUGCCAAGCAUUUUGACUACCUAUUCUUCAUUGACUUUGAAGCUUCAAUGGCAGAGCCUCGCGCCCAAUAUGCUUUAGGACAUCUGCAGCAGGAAUUCGCAAGAUUUCUUCGUGUCCUUGGCAGUUAUCCGAUAGAUACAGUUCUAUAGAAGCAGGUCACUGCAGUGAGUUUGACUUGGAUGACCAAACCUGCAAGCAGAAGCUUGAUCUUGUAUUGUUGUACAUAGAGAUAUGAUCCUACAAAUGCCAAUGCUGGAAGAAGUUUUAAAGAAGCCAAUUGCAGGUCUUUGUAAUCUUUUGUUCUUUUCGAGCUAGAUUUGCAUUGAAUUCAAAAGAGAGAUACAAAAGGAGGGAAUGGGGAGUCCCAAUAAAUACAAUAUUACUCCAUUUGUAUAGAGAUUUAAAAAAAAAGGGUGAUUGGAGGCAAUAAAUUUGAUUGGGCUCAUGUUUCCUUACCGAGUUAAGGAAGAAAGAAA